CAAAUCUACCUUCAGUUUGUAAUUUGCAUACAUUUGUAGCUGGGUGGUUUUUGAAGAAGUUUAUCUCCUUAGGACUGAACCCACAUGCAGUACACAGGUUUCCAAGAGACUACAUUUUUACAAGAACACUUCAAUUUUCUAUGUCAAAAUAAAUUAAUAUUUCUCUUUUUCAGGUGUAGAGACAGUCCCUCUUGUGCACAUGCAAGCGUGUUUCCUGGCUGGCAAAGAUUCAAUGAUUGUUUUUUUUUUUCUUUGCUUACAAGAGAACUGGUACCUGAGAACUCAACAAUGGAACAAUAUGACACAAGUUACUCUAGGACAAGACAAGAAGCUACGUCAAACUUGUCAAAUGUAAUUAAGAACAGCAAACUGAUUGUAACAAACCCCAUACAAAUAUACCUGCUGAACACAGUCCAGAAAGAUCUGGAUGAAGAUGGAGAUAUGGUCAGGAGAUACACAUUUGGACAAAAUGACCCUCAAAAAAGGAACAGGACAAUCCUGAUGGUAGGAGAAACAGGAACAGGAAAGUCUUCACUCAUCAAUAUGAUGGUCAACUACAUGCUGGGGGUAAAGUGGGAAGAAAAGAUCAGAUUUAAAAUCAUUCCAGAUGAAGGUUCAAUAUCCGUGAUUGAAUCUCACACCAUUAAGAUUACUGCCUAUGAGAUUUAUGGGCUGGAGGAACUGUCUGUUCCUUUUUCCCUCACAGUCAUUGAUACACCAGGAUUUGGAGACACAAGAGGUCUGGAUAAAGAUAAAAACAUUGCUCAGAAUCUGUACAAAUUAUUGAAAUCUGUAAAUGGUGUUCAACAAAUAGAUGCAGUUUGCCUUGUGGUAAAGGCAUCUGAAAAUUUCCUCAGUCCCAGCCAGAAGUACAUCUUUGAUGCCAUCCUGUCCAUCUUUGGGAAGAACAUAGAGAAAAACCUCCUGACUCUCAUCACCUUCUCAGACUGGACUCCACCUCCAGCUCUUAAUGCAGUUAUGAACUCUGGCGUACCUUUCCGCAGAGACGAAGGUGGUGAACCUGUUCACUUCCUGUUCAACAACCUUCCUCCUCAGGAUUCUUUUGAGAAAUACAAAGAAACAUAUAAAACAGCCUGGGAUAAUGGAGAAAAGAGCUUGAGUGAGUUCUUUCAGACUUUGGAUCGAAUGGAAACUCGAAGCUUGAGGAUGACUGAAUAUGUCUUGGGGGACCGUAGAAAACUGGAAGCUUGUAUCCAGAACUUGGAUAAGCAGAUCAAGUUGAGGCACAUGCAGCAGAAGGCACUUGUGGACCAACAGAAAACUCUGGAAGAGCACAAAGAGGACAUGAGGAAAAAUAACAACUUUACAUAUAAAUACAAUGUAGUCGUCAUGAAGAUAGUCGAAAUUAAGAGCAAAGCAACUUGCUGCACCGUGUGUGAGGUAAACUGCCACUAUCCAGGGUGCUGGUGGGCAGCUAACCUACGAUGGUGUUCUGUGAUGGAGAACAACAAAUGUACUGUCUGCCCCGGAAAAUGCAGCUACACGGACCACAAAAAAGGCAAUGAAAUAUAUGAGGCAGUAAAAGAAGAAAAAACUGGAACUAAUGAGGACCUGAAAAAAGAUGCUGAAGGCAAAAUACUCUCAGCGAAGGAAGUGAUGUCCAAAAUUCAGCAAGAAGUGAAGGACAGUGAGGCUGAAAUGAGCAAACUGAUCGAGAAGUCUUAUAAGUCCAUUAUCCAGCUUAGACAGCAUGCUCUGAAGUUUAAUUCAGAUUCUACUGUUAAGAGUAUUCUCAGCCUGAUUGAAAUUCUGAAGGAGAACAAAGACAUGGAGAAGGUGGAAAAACUGCAGGAGAUGCUGGAGAUGUGAGGAGAUUAACAGACACGGGGAAGACGUGUGCUAAGUUGCAUGCGCUUCUGCCUUUCAGAGUUGUAUGGUCAGAAUUAUAUGGUUGAGCAAACAAAGUAAACAAAGGUAUAUUCAGUCAGGAUUAUAACUUUACUUAUGUCUACCUCUAGUGGUGGAACCUAUUGUCUCCAUAGAAACUGCUGAAGAGACACUCCCAGGCUCAGCAGAACAAUAUAUGAGGUGUUCGGAGAAGUAAUCACAAUUAAAUCCAGAAAGCAAGUGUUUGACAAGAAGGAAAAUAAGACAGUAUGCUUGA